AUGGUUCCCAAUAUAUUGGUUCUUGAGAUAAUAGUUCCAGAAACAUUAGUUCUUAAGGCAAUAAUUUCUAAAAUAAUAGUUUCUGAGGUGAUAGUUUCCGAAACAUUGGUUCUCGAGGUGAUAGCUCCUGUGAUGAUGGUCCCUAAGGCAAUAAUUUCCAAAGCAAUGGUGCCAGAGAAACUCUGGAGUGCUGCUAAAGCUAAGAAGGUGCUGUGGAGAUUUAGGAAUACUAUUAAGGUGCUGAAAAGAUUCAAGAAUACUACAAGAGCUAAGGUAGUGAUGAGAUUCAGAAAUGCUACUAGAGAUAAAAGAAUUAUAGCAGAGGUUUUGAAGCAAUCUAAACAAUCAAUAUCUAAACCUCUAAAAGCUUUGGAACAAUUCAAGCAAACUGUCUCUGGUUCUUCAAAAGCUUUAGAACAAUUCAAGCAAUUUGUUUUUAGUUCUUCAAAAGUUUUAGAACAAUUCAAGAAAUUAAUUUCUAGUCCUUCAAAAUUUUCAGAACAAUCCAAAUGA